AGCAGGAGGGACGGGGACUGCGGUGAUAAACAAACACACGCAGUACGAGGCUCGUUAGUAUCUCCUCACCGGCUGACUUUCAGGAGGGCUGACCUUCACGGAGCGAGCUUUUUAAGUCUGACCCGGGUUAGAAUCCAGGACGUUACCCCGGAAACCCCCGAGGUUUUAGCCCCGCUCUCCCCCCCUCCUCCACCGGGAGUCGGCUUAUGUGACACAUUAACGUCCCGGCGGCGAAACGAGAGAAACAUGACGGAGCUGAGGAAGCGCGGCGGAGGCGGAGGAGACCCUGACAGCACCGAGAAUAUCAGCGACAAGGAGGCUGAUGGUGAUGACAGGCUGGGCCUGCAAGGCGACGCAGAGGGAGAAAUCGAUGCUGACUCCAAAGCAGACACUCCAGAUGUUCCUCUCUCCUCUGCAGACUCAGACAACACUCCAAACUGCCUGAACAAAGCUCUGGAGGGCCUGCCGCCCAGAUGGAAGAACUACUGGAUACGAGGCGUUCUGUCAUUGGCCAUGAUUUCAGGCUUCUUCCUCAUCAUCUACAUGGGACCUGUCACUCUAAUAUUGGUGGUCAUGACCGUCCAGAUCAAAUGUUUCCAGGAGAUCAUCACCAUCGGCUACAGAGUUUACCAUUCCUAUGAACUGCCGUGGUUCAGGACGCUCAGCUGGUACUUCCUGAUUUGUGUGAACUACUUCUUCUAUGGUGAAACUGUAGCGGACUACUUUGGCGCUCUGGUGCAGAGGGAGGAGCCUCUGCAGUUCCUGGCUCGUUAUCACCGCUUCAUCUCCUUCGCUCUGUACCUGGCAGGUUUCUGCAUGUUUGUGCUGAGUUUAGUGAAGAAACAUUACCGCCUGCAGUUUUAUAUGUUUGCUUGGACCCAUGUGACCCUGUUGAUUGUGGUAACUCAGUCCCACCUUGUCAUUCAGAACCUGUUUGAAGGGAUGAUCUGGUUCAUUGUCCCGAUCUCCAUCGUGAUCUGCAACGACAUCAUGGCCUACCUGUUUGGAUUCUUCUUUGGGAGGACUCCUCUGAUAAAGCUCUCCCCUAAGAAGACGUGGGAGGGAUUCAUCGGAGGCUUCUUUGCCACUGUGGUCUUUGGCUUCAUCCUGGCCUACCUCCUGUCCCAGUUCCAGUACUUUGUGUGUCCCGUGGGCUUCAACAGCGAGACAAACGGCUUCACGGUGGAAUGUGAGCCUUCGGACAUCUUUGUGAUGCAGGAGUACACGCUGCCCGCCGUCGUCCAGAACACUCUGAGAUGGAAAACGGUGAACCUGUACCCGUUCCAGAUCCACAGCGUCUUCCUCUCGUCCUUCGGGUCUCUCAUCGGACCGUUCGGAGGAUUCUUCGCCAGCGGCUUCAAGCGAGCCUUCAAAAUAAAAGACUUUGCCAGCACCAUCCCGGGCCACGGAGGCAUCAUGGACCGAUUCGACUGUCAGUACCUGAUGGCCACCUUCACACACGUCUACAUCGCCAGCUUCAUCAGGGGACCGAACCCGAGCAAAGUGCUGCAGCAGCUGUUGAUGCUUCGGCCUGACCAGCAGCUCGGCAUCUUCCACACGCUCAACUCACACCUGAGAGAGCGAGGCAUGCUGCCGCCCGCCGCCGCCGCCCCGGCCGAGUGAAACACGGCCGGCUACACAGGAGGGACGACACAAGUGUGUGUGUGAGGGUUUGGAGAGUUUGUGUAAGCAUGCACACACAUAACACACACAGACACAAACACACACUCAUUAGUAUGGCUGUUUGGCGUGUGAUCCAAAGCAACUCGCAGAGCUUCCUUCUUCGUCCUGCCGGCUCUUCAUUCGACUUCCAACCAGCUCCAAACCUCGACCCUGAAGCCGAGGCGACUCUUCACACUACGUGGAAUAACCUAAAAAAAAACACAUUUACACAACAAGAAAAACAAGGGAGGCUUUGUUGCUUCCACUCGGAGCGGCACACAAACACGCUGAGGUCCUCAUCCUAAGAAAACACAGACUGCAGAUUAAUGGAACAAACAGACUCUGCACAUGGCUCUCUCUGCACACACGCAUGGGGGGGUGUGCAGCUUCCAUGUGGACGCAGAUAUUGCACUGACUCUAGCUGAACAAAGAAAUUCAGAAGCUUUUACCAGCAGAACCUGGGGCCCAAAGUGUGGGGCGGGCGGACCUGAGCUGCAGCGAACAGACUGAUGACUCGUCUUUGUGUGGGUGAAGUGAAGACGCGGCGGCGGCAUACUGUAGACUCUGUUUUAUAGACUCUAUGUAAGCUAACCUCACAGCGUAACAAAACAUGUAGCAUGUACGCAAGUCCUGCUAACCCAAGCCAUGUUUCUUCUUCCACAGUGUGAACUUUUUAGCUUUUAGUUUUCUGUCUGAAUCUAAAAAAAAAAAGAAAAAAAAGAGAGUCGCACAAUUUCCAGUCGGCAGAGUUUGACUGUAGGCAUGCUAACGCAGAAACUAGAGCGUCAACACUUCAACUUCAUGUCGUGUACAUAAAUAUACUGGAAAUAUUUAUCUGAACAAAUACUACUACAUACUCUAAACUACUUACGUGACCUGCUGCAGAGAAAAACACUUUGAAGCUUUCAGAAAUGAUAUGCAAAAAAAAAGAAAAAAGAAAA